AUGGUAAUUUUACAAGUUGAACGUGUAGCUAUGCUACUAGCCACCAUUAUGGCUACAAUGAUGCAAUGUUAUGUGGAUGGAUUUACUGUCCAAUCCAACUUUGAUUUCGCCGUGAACAUGAGGAGGCGAAGAAGAGCGCGACGACAGCGGGUACUUGCUGCAGCAUUAGCUGCUGUCAGGCCUGGGCAUGGGGAGCGUCGCCUCCGACGACAGCCUGUUGACGACCCUAGGCAAAUGCGGCCUCGAUCUCUCGUGUGGUGGGAAGAAACUGCACUACACGCCGAUGCAAGGUUUUGGAAAGAGAAUUUUCGAAUGACAAGGCAAUCAUUUCAGCUUCUUUGCAAUACCCUUAGCCCCAGUCUGCAACGGGAAUCAUCAAAUGGGCUAGCUGUUGAAAAAGUGGUGGCCAUUGCUCUGUAUAGGCUGUCUACACCAUGUGAUCUACGCACUAUAGGCAACCUGUUUGGAGUGGGCAGAUCAACUGUGUGCGAGAUUGUUCAAGAAGUGUGUAAAGCAGUUGUUUCAUUAAUGCUUGAACAAUACAUUGUGUGGCCUGCUGAUGACCGUUUGCGGCAAACCAUUGACUGUUUUGAGGGAAAAUAUGGUUUUCCGCAGUGUGCUGGUGCUGUUGAUGGUACUCAUAUACCAAUAAUUGCGCCAAAGAAUAACCCAGCGGAUUAUCAUAAUCGCAAAGGCCAACAUUCCAUCAUUCUUCAAGCUGUCGUCGAUGACAAAUUAAGAUUUACUGAUAUUAAUGUUGGAUGGCCUGGACGAGUCCAUGAUGCCCGGUGGAACAGGGAAAUAAAUGGAGUUUUGAUGCCUAUCGUGAUACUGGGGGAUCCGGCAUAUCCAUUGCUGCCAUGGUUAAUGAAGGGCUUUUCAGAAGGUGUAAAUUUCGAUGAUCCGAAAAGAAACUUCAACUACAGGCUUAGCCGAGCCAGGAUGGUUGUGGAACGUGGUUUUGGACAAUUAAAGGGACGGUGGCGAAUACUGAUGCGGAGAAAUGACUCGGCCUUGUUGAAAGUUCCUCAGAUGGUGUCGGCAUGCUGUGUUCUUCACAAUUUCUGCCUGGAGCAGAACGAAGGAUAUGACGAUCGUUGGGAUGCCCCCGAUAAUAACCAGCCCAUUAACGUCCCGCUUAAUGAUCAGGAUGUUGGGUCUGGGGUGGACAUAAGGAAUGCCUUACUUAGAUAUUUCAGCUAA